UAAUGUCACUGUCAGUUUCACGUUUCACUUGUGCGGCUAUGGGUUCCGAGAAUCUUAUUUGAAAUUGAAAAUACAUUUACGUAUUUAUUUCAAUGGAUAUCGCGUUCAACAGUUAGAUAACCCAAGUCGACAUAAAGCUUUAUAUAUUUCCAUGCUUUAUAACUAAGUAAACACACAUAGGUUAGGAUUUAAUGUUGGUUUCAUAAAAUGUCUUUCCCUGGUGAUAAUUUGAUGGGAGAAUAUGAGCCGGUGCGUGGUCGUGAUGACCAGAACAGCUACACGGUGCGGCAGGCGUAUGAAGACGGCGGCCUUAAGGCUGGAGCUAGUCGCGUGGCCCGGCUUGCAUAUGGCGUCCUCUCCCGUCGUAAAGCGGCGGAGGAGGGGGCGGCUCGGCUGGCCCGAGUGCUCUCGGCCCUCGACCUGACUGCCCUCGGGGUCGGCAGCACCCUCGGAGUGGGUGUCUACGUCCUCGCCGGUGAUGUCGCCAAGAACUAUGCUGGACCUGCCGUGAUACUCUCGUUCCUAUUGGCUGCCGUGGCUAGUGUUUUUGCAGGACUAUGUUACGCGGAGUUCGGUGCGAGGGUGCCGAAGGCGGGCUCCGCGUAUGUGUACAGCUACGUGUGCGUCGGCGAGUUCAUCGCGUUCAUCAUCGGCUGGAACCUCAUACUCGAGUAUAUUAUUGGAGCGGCAUCGGUAGUGAAAGCUCUGAGUGAAUAUUUAGACUCGCUACUGAACAAGGCUAUAUCUACACACCUAGAGGCGGCCAUGCCUAUAGACACGCCACAUCUAGCCAAGUACCCAGAUAUAUUCGCCUUCUCCGUCAUCAUGGCGUUCUCAGUGGCGCUUGCAUUCGGCGUGAAGGAGUCGACGAAGUUCAACAACUUCUGCACCGGUGUCAACCUGUGUGUCGUGCUGUUUGUCAUCAUAUCUGGAUCCUUUAAAGCGGACACGAAGAACUGGCGCAUCCCAGCUGAAGAAGUGCCGAAGUCUGAACAUAAAGACUUCGGUACGGGCGGGUUCGCUCCGUACGGACUCGCCGGGAUCAUCAAGGGGGCUGCCGUCUGCUUCUAUGGGUUCAUUGGUUUCGACUGCGUGGCGACGGCGGGCGAGGAGGCGCGGCGGCCGCAGAAGACGAUCCCCUUCGCGGUGGUCGCCUCGCUGCUCGUCGUGUUCCUCGCCUACUGCGGGGUGUCCUCCGUGCUCACUCUCAUGGUGCCCUACUACAUGCAGGACGAGAAGGCUCCAUUCCCGUUCGUGUACGACCAGUUGGGCUGGCCGUGGGCCAAGUACGCCGUCAGCGUCGGCGCCAUCUGUGCGCUCUGCUCUAGUUUGCUAGGCGCAGUGUUCCCCCUCCCCCGCAUUAUAUACGCGAUGUCGUCCGACGGGCUGUUGUUCCGGUUCAUGGGACAGGUCAGCGAGAGGUUCCAGACUCCACUCAUUGGCACCAUGAUCGCUGGACUCUUCACUGGUACCCUGGCGAUGAUCUUCCGAUUGGAGCAGCUGAUCCACAUGAUGUCCAUCGGUACUCUACUGGCGUACUCUAUGGUCGCGUCCUGUGUACUGCUACUUAGAUACGAGUACAGCCAGCCCGCCCACCGAGUGCAAGAACCUCUGAACUUCUCGUACCGCGCGGCGAUACGACAACUCAUCAACGCAGACCGACACCCGCUGCCUACCAAACUUAGUUCCAUGACUGUCUCUGUACUAGUCACACUGUAUGGUGUAUGGUGUUUCGUGAUGAUGUCCAGCAUCAACCAGUACGGCGACGCCAUAUUGGAAGGCCACGUGGGCGCCGUGGCCAUGUUGGCAGUGGGAACUGUACUUGUAGUGGUCACUCUCAUCGCUAUCUCGCGGCAACCGGUGUCUGAUAAGAAACUGGCCUUCUCUGUCCCCCUAGUCCCGUGGCUGCCAGGUAUCAGUAUCCUCAUCAACGUGUACCUGAUGCUCAACCUGGAUUACAUGACCUGGCUGCGAUUUGCUGUCUGGAUUGCUGCUGGCCUCCUAAUCUACUUUACAUACGGCGCGUGGCACAGCUCGGAACGCAAGCGCAAGAACGACUCGGUACCAAUGGCAGACCUUCACAAUGACAGUCAGACCGCCCUGCUGAACAACGGACUGACGCAUGCGCUCGGCUGACAGUCGGCCAAGCAGGCGAACCCAGACACAGCCGAAGGUAUCGUCAGCCCUUCCAGUACUGUUGUUUCCUUCAUUUCUAGCAUUUAGGAAUUGAUGACAGUAUUUGUUUGAUAGUAAGUAAUUGAACGUUUAUGUGAAAGAACCAAACAUAUUGUUUUAUUUGAGCUUUCUGUAGUUGACUUAUUAUGGUGUACAUUAUACAAUAAAGUAUGUAUAUCAUCUAUCUGUAACGUUGACAUGGAAAUAAUACUUGUUAAGUACACUAAAAUAUACAUUCGUGUUUUUCACUUUUUAAUAAAAUGUAUGCUUAGUGUAUAAAACCUUAGAAAUUUUUGCUUAUUAAACAUUUUCAUAACCACUCUAACGUCCGGCCCGCGCGACCGUUUAUCUCUCUAACGUAUCCGAAACGCGCGCGACUCGCAAGUUCGUCGUAACAAAAAACCUAUAUAGCUACUGAACCGUAAUGCCUAGAAUAAAGAAAAGAAUACCAAAAAAAAGAUAGAAGAAUACUGAUCAAUCUUAACGAUUUUUUAAAAUCUUUAGUUAAUCUUUAAAAUACAAUAAAACGGGUUAAACAUGAAACACAGAAAAAAAAACAGAAUUAUUUCUACCUUUUUAGAAUAUACGGCACAACUAUUGCAUAUUUUAUCAAUAAAAUAUUUUUACAACAAACUAGACUCAUUACCCUUUCUUUUGAUGUAUAUAUGAUUUUAUUCGGUUAACUCUAAGUAUUGUAAUUAAAUCGAAAGAAAACACUACUCGUAAUUUUACACAUCAAAAAACCUGAGGAACACAUUGACAUUUUAUGGAAUCUUCAAUGAAUUUAGUAUAUUUCUCUUUGAAAAAUGUAUUAUUUUGCUUAUUACGUAAUGUAUUUCGAUAUUUUAUAUACUAUUGUAAUGCAAAGUAUGUAAAAUAUGUAUAAACAAAACUAAAAGUGGCCAACACCAUACGACCGGCCAUUUUUUUCGAAACAAUCGUUUGAAGUUAAAAUUAGACUAGAUUUAUCAGCUAAAACUGUGAUAUUUAUACAUCAUCGUAAAGCACAAAUCUUCUAGUUUAUUAUAUGACAAGAUAAAUU